AUGCAAAAGAAGCCUGUGGCUCGAAUUUAGCAGACAGCUCGCGAGUCCACCGGCGGCAAGGCGCCGCCCAAGCAGCUGGCCACCAAGGCGGCCAGCACCCGCAAGACUGCGCCCUAUCCUGCCGACACCUCGACGCUGCGCGAGAUUCGGCGCUACCAGAAGUCGACCGAGCUAAUGAUCCUCAAGCUGAAGUUCCAGCGGCUGGCGAGCGAGAUCGCGCAGGACUUCAAGACCGACUUGCGCUUCCAGAGCUCAGCAGUCAUGGCGCUGCAGGAGGCGUGUGAGACCUAUCUGGUGGGGCUGUUUGAGGACGCAAACCUCAGCAUUAUUCUGAGGAUGUCCGGACGGGGCAAAGGGGGUAAAGGCCUUGGCAAAGGGGGCGCUAAGCGCCACCGCAAAGUCCUGCGUGACAACAUCCAGGGUAUUACAAAGCCCGCCAUUCGGCGUCUGGCUCGGCGUGGCGGUGUUAAGCGUAUCUCUGGCCUCAUCUAUGAGGAGACUCGCGGGGUGCUCAAAGUUUUCCUGGAGAAUGUCAUCCGUGAUGCUGUCACCUACACCGAGCACGCCAAGCGAAAGACAGUUACUGCCAUGGAUGUCGUCUACGCGCUCAAGCGCCAGGGGCGCACCCUCUACGGCUUUGGUGGCUAAACAGCAUUUUAUCGCUCUGUAGAUUGCUGAAAAAACAAAGGCCCUUUUUAGGGCCCCCAAACUUUCAUUCGAAGGAGCUGUGGAAUGUAGCGUUAAUGUAGCAGUUGCCUACUGAAAUAAUCUUAAAAUGCUUGCAAGGUAAAGUAUGAAGCGUCCGACCUGGGUAGAGAUCUAAGAUUCCUAAGGGGGGAGUAGAGCCUCUUUUCGCCAGUUCUGUCUCUGGUUGCCGUUUGCAGCCGUUCUCUAGCGUCUUUACGUUCUGGGUCCUUUACCGGUCUAGAGAAAAAGUCGUUAUAGGGUCGCUGAGUAGGAAUGACUCGACCGCAACUGGUAGGAUACAGUCGGGGCAGUAUUAAAAGUCUUUCCAAUAUAUAGUCCCUGUCUCCUUUUAUAUUCUUACCUUCUGGUACUAUUUUAAAUACUGGGUAUACAAAAGACAGUCUAAUGAACACUACAUCGCUUAAAUUCAGUAUAACAAUGUAAUCUCUGUGUGUCUGUACUCAAUAGCAUAGUCCUCUCUUCGCUACCCCGGAAUUAACCAGCGUCUUGAAUUUGAUGUUUAUUUUUCACAUGCAUUUUUUAAAACUAUGUACAUACCCCUAUGCAAUAGACAGCAUCAUUUUGCACGUUUUAAAAGCUUCAGAAAAUAUAUUUCUGUACAUAUUUUUAUGAAACAUUUUUCUCCGUUGCUUUUGAUAUAUAUGCGUUGAAACGUAAUUAUAGUUUACCUUGGCCGUUAUUAGGGCUCAUAGCGAUUCUAAUGCCUCAGUAGUAUAUAAUUUAUUUAUCCGUUUCCUUAUUGACGGAGGUCUAAAUUGUUUUAUUUAUCCCCCUGCAGACGGUGCUGCCUUGGGCACUGUUGUACGCAGCUGUACGCUUCCUCUAUAGUAUUUCUGGCCGUGGAGUUUCUUGGUAACAGGGUAUGUGCAUAUUCAACAUGAAUAGAAAUGAACAAUUUGCUUUCCAAGUUAGUGUUUUUAAUUUACACUCCCAUAUUCUACCAAUAGUUUGAGACUUCUCUUUACUGCAUGUCUUCAUUACAUUUACAAAUAUCAGAUGAUAAUUUUUGCUAGUCUAAUGAUUUGUAAAAUGGUAUCCCACUGGGGAUUAAUUUGUAUUUCUCUACUAUAAUGAGGUUGCUUUUUCUUUCCUGUGAUUUUUUUACUGUUUCAGGUUUUCCCCCACUCUAGGAACAGCUUGUUCAGCUCUGCUCAUUAUUUUUAUUUUCUGUCGCCUUUUUUCGUUUCGUGAUUUGUAAGUAUUUUCUAUAUAAUUUUACUUUUAACCCUUUGUUAGCAUGUGGCAAAUGCAUUGUGUCACCUUGUAGGUUGGCCUGUUUUGAAGUCUCAGUGAUAUCUUCAGAUGUUCAAAAAUUAGUUUUAUUUUUAUUAGUUUUGGGGACUGCCGCCUUUUAUAUAGGAGUUAUCUUCCUCUUCCGCCUCUAAAGAGCCCCAGAAACCAAUGGGCAAAGAAGUUUAGACUGCUUAUCUCAUCAUUGGAAACCCUGGCGGCCUAGCGGUUAAGAGCUAUGGCUACUAACCAAGAGGUUAGCAGCUCGAAUCCGCCAGGCCCUCCUUGGAAACUCUAUCAGGCAGUUCUGCUCUGUCCUAUAGGGUCGCUAUGAGUCGGAAUCGACUCACAGCAGAGGUUGUUUGUUUUUUGUUUUUUCUUUAAUCUCAUUGAAAAUCCUGAUGGUGUAGUAGUUAAGUGCUAGGCCUGCUAACCAAAAGGUCAGCAGUUCAAAUCCACCAGGCACUCCUUGGAAACCCUGUGGGGAAGCUCUACUCUGCCCUAUAGGGUCUAUGAGUCGGAAUCGAUUCGACGGCAAUAGUUUUUUUUGUUCUUUGUUUUUUUAAUCUCAUCAUUUGGCUUGAAUUGAAGAGUAAAGCUUUUCGAAAAUAGCUGUAAGAAUAGGAAUAAAAAAGAGCUGAGGAAGCCCUGGCAACAAAUUAAUCUUCCUAGUUUCUAAUAAACAAUGAUAGUAACUGAGUACCUAAAAUUUGUAAAACAUUAUGAGAGAAACAAAUAAAAAAUGUAGCAAGUGAGAGAAGAGAAAUAAUACCUAAAAUAUACUUAAAGUCUAUUAAAUUCGUGCUGUGUUCUACAUGCAUUAUCUCGGUAAUAUUUAGAACAAUCUUGUGAGAUGGAUUUUAUUAAUUAGUUUACAUUUAAAAUCGAUACUGGGUUCAGUUAUUGGAUAUGUUUAACUAUGGCUUGGAACUACAUUGGUAUGUGAAUCCAUUUGUUUAACUGCAAACUUAAAAGCUUUUAAAUACAGAUCAAGUAUUUCCAAUGAAAAUUUGGAGCCCAAAUUUUGAUAUACUGUAAGUAAAAUAUACACAAGAUUCUGAAGACUUAAGAUAAAAAAAUGCAAAAUAAAUAAAUUUUGUAUUGAUACAUGUUUAAAUAAUAGUGAUUUUGAUAUAUUGGUCUAAUAAAAAUGUUAUUAAAAUUAACUUCACCUGUUUCUUUUUACCUUUUUUUAGAAAAUGUGGUUACUAGAAAAAUAAAAGUUGCAUAUAUAUUUUUAUUGAGCAGUGUUGUCUUAGAGUAACAAAUUGGCUUUAACUUUUCAGGUCCAGGAACACUAAUUGAGAGUCAAUAAAAAUCCUACUAGGGAAGAAUGGAAAAGUAAGAGAAGAAACCAAAUGAAGAAUAAAUUUCAUUUUUCUCCACUUAUAUUACUGAAGACAUAGAUGAGGACCUCUUUCAACACAUACCUCAGGUGGUAUCGAGAAAGCACAGUGACACAAUAUAUACAAUUCUUAUGCAAUUCCAUUCUAUGGAAUGGUGAAGCUUCUUUCUUUGUAUUAAGCACUCAGAAUAAAGAAAGAUUAAAAAAAAAAAAAAAGGUUGCCACC